AUGAUGCAACAGAUCCUCAGAGACAUGUUUGUAGAUCCAGACCUUCUGGCUGAAUUGAAUGAGGAGCAGAAACAAAUUCUUUUCUACAAAAUACGUCAGGAGCAGGUGCGGCGCUGGAUGGAAUAUGACAGCCAGGAAGGAAGCUGGGAAAAGACACCCAGGGAUGGAGAUGAAACCAGGAAGAGUCUUGAGUGGAUGAAGGGCCGUGAUGGUGAUGUGUGGGUCUGGGUCAUGGGAGAGGCUCCUGGAGACAAACCUUAUGAGUUUAUUGUCAAAGAACUGAUGGAGGAGAGAGCCAGACGUCAGGCUCAGUUAGAAGCCCAAGAGUUAUGGCGGAAGAAAGAAGCGGAGAUAAAGCAGAAGUUCAGAGAUGCCAUCACAAAGGAGAAGGCACGCUUUGUCGCAGGAAAAUGGAAGGAAGAAGCUGAGGACAGGAAAGCAGCCAAACAGGAAGAGGAACGCAUACGAGAGAUGCUAAAGAAAGAAGAGGAAGAAGAAAGGCAAAAGGAAGAAGAGGAGAUACGACGUGCAGAGGAGAAAAGAGCGAAAGAGCUUUAUAUGUCUCUGGAGCAGGAGCGAAUCAAAAGCGAGCAACGUGAUAGAGAGUGGGAGGAGCAAUUGCGUCGCUCCAAAGCAGCUGAUGAAGAGAUGACAAGAAAGGCCCGCUGGGCAAGAGAUGAAUAUAAACGUCAGUCACUACGGGCCAUAGAGAAAGGCCAUGUGGCGGGCCUGAGUGGCCACUUCCAGAAACAAGCCCACGUGAAUAGAGCAAACCCCCACAGGAGACACAGUACUUUCAUUGAACAGUCCGCAAGUUCAGUCACCAACAAUGAAGAGCGCCCCAGACCUGGCCUUCAACGUGCAGAACCACCUUUGUACCGGCGAAGACAAAGCCGCAGGCAUAGUACAACAGCGAAACAGCCACUAACUGAUGGUCCUGCUUGGGUUCGAACACCAAGACCCAGUUCCAGGGAGUCAGUUAUUCUCUGGUUUACAGAAGAGCAGAAACCUAAAAAUGCUGGGUACGAAAGAAACAAAAAUGAUAUCGCCCCAUGGUUCCACGGCAUCAUCUCUCGAGAGGAUUCUGAGAGGCUACUUGUGAAUGCUACCAAGGGCAUUUUCCUGGUUCGGGUCAGUGAAAGGAUAUGGGGCUACACACUGUCCUACCGCACCGCCAGUGGCUUCAAACAUUUCCUUAUUGAUGCUUCAGGGGACUAUUACAGCUUUCUGGGUGUGGACCAAAACCGUCAUGCCACCCUUGCUGACCUCAUUGACUUCCACAAGGAGGAAGUCAUUACUACCACAGGGAAAGAACUGCUGCUGGAGGCCUGCAAACGGACUGGCCCUUCUGAAGACUUUGGAGGACUUUUCUCAUAACUCAUGACAGAGAGCAUGGUCAAAACAAGACUACAAAUUAUGACCCAUUUUAUAAGACAUAAACCUGGUCUUGCCUCAGGCUUACAGUGAAUAACAAUCCUACCCAUUGAAAAAAUGGAUGCACACUAGCAUCAUGUAAAUCCACACUGCAUGUUUUCAAUGGAUCAGUGGUCUCUCAGCCGCUGUGGCUCAGAUUCCAUUAGUGUUCCAUUUGCUGUUACUUUUCUAUAAUUAUGAAUUCAUCGAAGUCAAAAUGCACUUUGGUAAUGCAAGCGCAAAUCUACCUGAAAACGAAUGAUUGUUUCCUGCUGUUGAGAAGCGAGUGUGCUGCAAAUUGAUAUUGCUGUGUAAAUAAAAAAGUUUGGAAACAAUGUAUUAAAAAUACCCUACUGUGACUAGGAAAGGUAUGAUUAAACAACACCAGCCAACCGCAUCCACCGUCGAUACUCAAAUCAUGUUGUGAGGUUUUUUCAAUGAGAAAACAUUUAUGACUCUCUGAUCCAACAAAAAUGUGCAUAUUUCUCCAACAGUCAUGGUGCAGAUGGCUAGUGUGGACCAGAAAUGACACCAGCCCAGAGAAAUAAACUAAAUUAACAGGCACUCAUGUGUUACCAUAAGAUACUAUUUUAUUACAUUAGCAGAUAUGUUUUGACAUGUUGCUGUUUAAAGCAUGACUUGUAUUCCUCACUGCUGCUUUUAAGGUCAGGUCAGAUAGUCACUGACAGGGGUGGGUGUGUUCUUGUGGUGCCAAAAUGGCACAUGCCAAGAAUUGAGUGCCCAUUGAAAUGAAUUGGAAUGUUGACCCGUUUGUGGGACAAUGAAUAUUCCUUUUUUAAUAGCCCACAAUAUGUUCCCACUUCAUCUAUCCUGCCAGAAAAGGCAAAAUUAGCCUUUUCAUCAGGACUUAUUGUUGAUGGGUAUCAAUCUAAUGCAGAGGUAACCGUGAAAGAGCAAAAUUACUGACAUCACAAUCGAGCUUUAUCACCACUGAGCGAGAGACCCAUAGUUUCUCCAGAAUGACUGUAAUUGUAGUUAACCUCUCCACUUUUCAAUAGUAAAAGAGACACAAGAAGUUGGCUGAAAAAGUGACACAUUCAAUUUGAAGUUUUGUGGUCAUUUUUACAAAAAUGAAACCGCCUUCAAAAGCCUCUUACAAUGAAGUCUCAUCGCUGACAUGCAUGGUGAAUAAACUUUCACCUAAGUAAAACCGCCUGCAGCGCAAAAUAACACUGUUUUCAUAGUUAUUUA